AAUUUUGAAUGGAGUACAGAAGUUAAACAACACCUCUUCGACGAUAUUUAGAUAUAGAAGCAAAAUGACUACCAGAGAGAGCACUACAGGAGAGGAUGACAAGCUCCUGGAAGAUGAAGCCACGUAUUAUUCGGUGCAGUGGGAGAAUGCUGGUCAUCAGAUCCAUUACAUUAAGCAAGAAAACUGGGAAGAAACGGGCUCUCAAGAAGACAAGACCUUCUUUCCUGGGCCUGGUAUGAGCCAUGCUUCACAAUCUGCAUCAGAGCAAAAUGUCAUCAGUACUUUGAACACUCCACUGCUCACACUCGAAUGUCAGGAAGAGGCACGAGUAGGCUCUUUGACUGAGGAGGGUCGUUAUUCUAACACAGUCAACCCUGCAGAAGCUCGAUGUGAGGUCUUGGUCGACCGUCUUACAAGAACCACCAGAGCCACUGAAGAACAUGGUGAAGAUCGUCAUGAUGCAAGGACUGAACGUACGGAAGAUAUCCAGAAGCCGUUUCCAUGCCCAGAGUGCGAUAAAAGGUUCCUUCGUAUAAGUGACCUAAAAUUGCACAUGAGGUACCACAACGGGGAAAAUCUUCACACGUGUGAGGAGUGUCAGAAGAAGUUUCAUUCCAAAUGUGUCCUCAGGAAGCACAUGGAGUACCACACGGGGGAAAAGCCCCAUGGUUGCUCAGUGUGUAGUGUCGGGUUCUUGAGAAAGAGUGCCCUCACGGUGCACAUGCGAAGGCACAAUGAUGAGAAGCCGUCUCAAUGUUCGGAGUGUGAUAAAAAGUUUCUUACAAAUAGUUGCCUUUCGAAACAUAUGCGAUUGCAUAAAGGAGAGAUGCAGAAAGGAGAGAUGCAUAACGGAGAUAUGCUUCAAGGAGAGAUGUAUAAAGGAGAGAUGUUUAAAGGAGGGAUGCAGAAAGGAGAGAUGCAGAAAGAAGGGAUGCUUAAAGGAGAGAUGCUUCAAGGAGAGAUGCUUAAAGGAGAGAUGCAGAAAGGAGAGAUGCUUAAAGGAGAGAUGCAGAAAGGAGAGAUGCAGAAAGGAGAGAUGUUUAAAGGAGAGAUGCAGAAAGGAGAAAAACAUCAGUGUCCCGUCUGUAAUAAGACCUUCAGUCAGAAGUGCUUCGUCAGUGUACACAUGAGAAUCCACAAUGGAAAGCCGCAUAGGUUCCCUCACUUCCUCAGGGGGUUACUCACCAAGUCUGAUCUCGCGCAACAGGUUCGAGCGCAAAGUGGCGAAGAAACGUUAUUGUGCACCAAGUGUCCUGAGUCCGAUCUCGCGCAACAGGUUCGAGCGCAAAGUGGCGAAGAAAUGUUAUUGUGCACCAAGUGUCCUGAGUCCGAUCUCGCGCAACAGGUUCGAGCGCAAAGUGGCAAAGAAACGUUUUUGUGCACCAAGUUACUCACCAAGUCUGAUCUCUUGCAACAGGAUCAAGCGCAAAGUGGUGAAGAAACAUUUUCGUGCACCAAGUGUCCUGAGAGAUAUUACACAAAAUCAGAGCUCUCGAAACAUUUCCUGUAUCACCAGACGAAAAAGCUUCGGUGUGGUAAGUGUGAUGAGGGAUUCACGUCAGAGGCUCUUUUUGCGGAGCACAUGAGGAGCCAUACAGAAAAGUCUAUGUGUGGUACGUGUGAUAAGGUUUUCACGUCAAAGGGUCGUCUUGCAAAACACAUGAAGUCUCACUUGUGUGCUGUAUGUAAUGGAAGUUUUAAGACAAAGGCCAUCCUUCUGCAACACAAACGAACGCAUACCAGAGAAAAACGAUUUGCGUGUCCGGAGUGUGGCAAGAAAUUUGCAAGGAAGGCAGGGGUGGCUGAUCACAUGACGUCUCACACUGGUGAAAAGAAUUAUAAAUGCUCACAAUGCGACAAAGCAUUUAGCAAUGCCAGUAACCUUGAGAGACAUAAGCUUACAGUACAUACCGGUGUCAAGGCUUUUUCUUGUUCCUUGUGCGAUAUCAAGUUCGCUGCCAAGUGGAGUUGCGAUGCUCACAUCGUGAGAUUUCACCCUGAAAAAUGUCUGUAUCAUUGUUCCGAAUGCAGUCGGAAAUUCCUCACAAAGGGUUCCCUGGAGGAUCACCAUUUGAGAAUACAUACCGAUAGUGAAGACACUGGGCCACACAAAUGCAAAGAGUGUGAUGAAAAAUUUGCUACAAUGGGCAGUCUACGUGAACACGCUUUGAGAAUACACCCGGAUGUUGAGCGUAACCAUUGCUCUGAUUGUGAUAAAACUUAUUCUUCGAAGGGCUGCCUUGUUUCUCAUAGACGGAUGUUUCACGCAGAGGGAAAGUUACCCGAGUGUGGGGAAUGUGGAAAACGAUUUUUUUUCGAAAGCUUCCUUGCGAUACCACCAAAGAGUCCACAGGGGUGAAAAGCCCUUCCAAUGUCCCGAGUGUGAUGCGAGGUUCCAUCUGAAGACCAUCCUCACUAACCACAUGAAGAUCCACUUACAAGAGAAACCUCACCAGUGCCCCAACUGCAGCAU